AUGACAGCAGGGCCAUCUAGUCUAUCCAACACUUCCGAUGACACUCGUGACUAUAGUCUAAUGUUACCCCAAUUAAAACAACUAAACAAAACUUGGAUUUUCAGUGAAGAAGCCGUAUUGGAAGAUUCUCCUACUCGACAGCAACGAGUUCCAUUAGCCAUGGAAUUAAGACUUAAAGAAUCAUUAAUUGAUUUUUUAAUUAAAUUAGGAACAAAAUUAAAACUUGAUAGUAGAUCAAUGUUAGCAGCUACCACUUAUCUACAUCGAUUUUUUAUGAGAGUUCCAAUAUCACAAUCUAAAUAUUAUGUUGCUUGUGCUGCUUUACUUAUAUCUUGUAAAUUAAACGAUACUUAUAGACAACCUGAUAGUAUUGCUAAGAUUGCAUGUAAUAUGAAAGCUCCACCCGGUUCAAAACCAAUAGAUACUACAAAUGAAAUUUAUUGGAAAUGGAAAGAUCAAUUAUUAUUCAGAGAAGAAUUAAUGUUGAGAAAAUUAAAUUUUGAUCUUGAUUUAAUAUUACCUUAUAAUAUCAGGGAAUGGAUUUUUAAAACUUAUCAUAAUUCUGAUUCAUUUAAUGAAAAGAAAAUUAAUAUUUUGAAAAUGACAACUUCUUUAAUCGAAGCAUUAUCGGUGCUACCACUUAUAUUAUGUUAUGAAAUGAAUGUUAUCUUUGGUGUUUGUAUGAUUAUAGCUAUUGUUGAAGGUAGAAGAAUGGAAGAAAACAAAGAUUUAUUCUUGCCUGAUGGAUUGUUGAGGGAUUAUUUGAAUACUGACUAUGAAACUUGUUUGAAAUGUUUUCAUUUCAUCAAGAAAAUAUUGAAAGCAGGUCAAGAAGAACCAAAAUAUAGAAGUAAUACACCAAUGUUUGAUAGAAUGAAUAAGAUUCUGAUUGAACAGUUUGAAGCCGUUGGCAAGGGUUCCAACAGAGUCGAUACUAAGGUAGAUCAGAAUUCAACUGAAAAGAAUGAUAAAGAGGAGGAGAAGAAGGACACGAAAGAGGAGGAGAAGAAGACUUCUGCUGGAGAAACAGAAAAGAAGAGUACCACCAAUGAGAUUGCCAAACCAGAGGAAGACAAGCAGAAGGAAGCCAGUGAGCAGAAGGAAGCCAGUGAGCAGAAGGAAGUCAGUGAGCAGAAGGAAACUAGUGAAACGAAAGACACCAAUAACUCGAAGCCAAACGGUACAGAGGAAUCCAUUGGUGAUAAGCGAAAACUUGAUGAAAGUUCAGAACAAGGACCCGAGUCUAAGAUAGCAAAAAGUUAA